CUGCGAGCGCCGCCUCGUGGCGGGGCGGGAGGGAGGGCGGCCUCCCGGUCCCGGUCCCGGUCCUGCUCACGGUCCCGGUCCCGAUCCUGCUCACGGUCCCGGUCCCGGUCCUGCUCACGGCGGCCCCGGAGUCUCGCUCGGUUCCGCCGGCACCAUGAGCACCGAGACGCUGGUGAAGGACGUGAAACCGGGGCUGAAGAACCUCAACCUCAUCUUCAUCGUGCUGGAGACGGGCCGGGUGACGAAGACCAAGGACGGGCACGAGGUGCGGACGUGCAAAGUGGCCGACAAGACCGGCAGCAUCAACAUCUCGGUGUGGGACGACGUGGGGAACCUCAUCCAGCCCGGGGACAUCAUCCGCCUCACCAAGGGCUACGCGUCCGUCUUCAAGGGCUGCCUGACCCUCUACACGGGGCGCGGGGGAGACCUGCAGAAGAUCGGCGAGUUCUGCAUGGUGUACUCCGAGGUGCCCAACUUCAGCGAGCCCAACCCCGAGUACGCGGCGCAGCAGAGCAAAGGGAACGAGAGCGCCAGUCCUGCUGCUCCACAGACCGCCCAGGGCCCGCCCGCGGCCCCCCCAGCCCCCGACAGCCAGAACGGGAACGGGCUGAGCCCGGGGGGCCCCGCGCACCCCCCCAGCGCCCCCGCGCACCCCCCGAGCGGCCGCAUCACCCGCAGCCAGCCCGGGCACCCCGGCCCCGCCCCCGGGCCCGUCAGCAACGGCAAAGAGACGCGGAGGAGCAGCAAGAGAUAACGGGGACCCCCGCCCGGACCCUCCUCCCUGCAGCCCCGGGACGGUUGGGAACGGCGGGGGGGGCCUGGGCCCCGCUGCCCCCACCCGUGCGCCCCCGGGGGUGUCCGGGAGCCCCCCGUGCUCGGGGGUGCCAGGCGGGACAGGGCUGAGCGGUGCCUGGGGGGCUGCAGCCCCCCCACCCUGUGCCCCUGGCUCUCUGGGGCCGGGGCAGCGCCCGGGACCCUCGGGGUGCGCGGUAAUAAAGGUCGAGCUCUGCCCACGCCUCGCCUGCUCCGGCACGGGGGGGAACCCAGACCCCCCUCCUGCUCCCCCCGCCCUCAAGGCCCUCCCCGCGGCCCCUCCCGGCUCCGGGGCCGGGCUGGAGCAGCUCGGGGUGACCCUUGGCCCCCCGGGUC